UGUUUUAAUCUCAUGAUUCUAAUAAUACUACAGAUAUCUGGAAUAUACAUUCAAAGAUAAUUCUAACAAAGAUAAUGUUUAAUGUAGCCUUAGAAAUUAAGCUUUUUUAAACUCGAGAACAAAUACUAAUAAGUCAAAGUCAUUAAGGAGUGUUGCAGUCAAUGUGUUCAGGUUUUAAUUUGGCAUUGUGUCUUCAUCAGGCAAUGUAUUGUCCAUAUUGUGGAAUCCAGCUAGUGGGGCAAAUUGGAGUUUUUUGUGGGUCCUGUGGAACUAACAUUCAAGUUUUAGCACCUUUUAUAGAGAAUGGCCCAGUCUCAGUCACAGACAUCAUCAAUAAGUAUUUCUCUGAGGGCCAUACAUAUGAAGUGAUCCUGGACUUUCUUGAAAACAAGCAUAAUAUUUGUAUGAGUCUGAGAACAUUAAAGAGGAGGCUAAAAGAUGCUGGAAUGACUAGAAGGACUGACUUUACUCCCACUGACAUUGUCAUUUCCACUGUUACACAAGAACUGAGAGGCUCAGGUCAGCUUCUGGGUUACAGAUCCAUGUGUCAGACACUGCGACAAAAGUAUAAUCUGACAGUUAAAAGAAAUGAUGUAAUGCACAUACUCUCAAGACUAGAUCCAUAUGGUGUUAAGCGUCGCUGUAAACGCCGGUUUGUUCGAAGAGGAUAUUUUUCAGAAGGACCAAAUCAAGUGUGGCAUGUGGAUGGAUAUGAUAAGCUGAAACCCUUUGGUGUUGCUAUUAGUGCAUGUGUCGAUGGAUUUUCAAGGAAAGUUAUGUGGCUCAACUGUGGCAGCUCAAAUAAUGACCCAGGUGUUAUUGCAAAAUAUUAUAUGGAGUGCGUGACACGGUUUGGUCAACUUCCAGCAUGCCUUCGUACAGACUGUGGCACAGAAAAUGGCACAAUGGCAGCCAUUCACUGUGCUUUAAGAUCAGACCAUGGAGAUGAACUUGCAGGAGCCCACAGUCAUAUGUAUGGCACCUCAACUACAAAUCAACGGAUUGAAAGUUGGUGGUCUUCGUUCAGAAAGCAAAGAACUCAGUUCUGGAUUGAACUCUUCAGUGACCUGAGGGAGAGGCAUCUUUUCAACGGCAGUCAUGAACAUAAAUGCCUUCUACGAUAUGUCUUCCUCAAUGUCUUGCAAAAGAGCUUGACGAGUACAGAGAUCUCUGGAACACUCACACCAUCCGACCUGUGCGCCAAUCUUGUUGUCCAUCUGGUAAACCAGAAGCCAUGUAUCACCUACCUCAUAGGUAUGGUGGAAGACAGUGUGGAUUCCAAGUGCCUCAAGAAAUCCUGCACCAGUUUGAUGACAUUCUACCUGCUCAGUACAGUCUAUGUGGGGACGACAAUCUCCAGGUUCAUUUCACAAACUUGGAAAGACAGAGUGAGCUCCCUCGACCAGUCAACUGGACUACUGCAGUUGAAAAUUAUAUAACACUCAAAAAUAUGACUGGACUUUAGAAGUCAAUGUAAAAUCAUCUGCUAGAUGUGGGUACAAUUACCACUGACACUAAUUGUCACGUACCAUAGUUUUUAUAUAAAUAGUUUCACUACCGUCAACUUUACAGUGUGUACACUUUCUACCUGAAGAAAUCAAAAGACCAUACUGUACAAAAUAACUUGUUCCUUUUAAUUAGGUACUGUAACAAACACGUUGAUUAAUUUGGAGAUCUGUUUUACAAACAAAGGUUUACAAAAGCAUUCUGCAAUACCUGUAAUUAUGUGGGGGUUUUUUUUAACUCAAAGAACAACUUGCAUAUCUUACAAAAAAUGGAAUCAAAGUGUUUGAUUAAAUAAAGCCUUUUAACUGAAUUUA